UUGGCUUGAGUGAGGCCUGCCUUCUGGAGAGCUUGGUAAAGGCCUGAGUAGGGCAGGAGAUCCUGGGACCUGUACCAGAAGGAUGAGCUGGAACACCACAUAGGGCAUGUAUCGUGUCUGACUUACGUUAUUUUAUUGGCUGUGAAGAACUACGGACCCUUUGUGCCCUGAUGGGGGACUCGGGAUCCAGACGAUCGACUCUUGUAUCUCGGUUGCCAAUAUUCAGGAGAAGUGUUAGCCGGAGACACGACUCCCUUCCUUCCUCGCCUUCUUCUGCCAAUGCCAUUGGUGUCCACACCUCCUCCCCAUCCAGCACGAACUCCAGCUCAGGGAGCACAGGGAAGCGCCGGAGUAUUUUCCGCACUCCGUCCAUUAGUUUCCAUAACAAGAAAGGGAGUGAGCCGAAGCCUGACUCAGCGAGUCAAAAUGUUAACAUCUCAAAUGGUGCCCAGUCCUCUCUUAGCACUUUUCAAAAACUCAGCUUAGACGAGCACAUCAAAAGCAGAGGAAGGCAUUCAGUUGGCUUUGGCAGCUCACGUAACAAGAAGAUAACAAGGUCUUUGACAGACGAUUUUGAAAAGGGAAAGGAGCCCUCAGCUAAUAAGAAUGUCUUCAUCAAUUGCAUAAGCUCCGGGAAGAAUGAGGGUGAUGAUUCGGGCUUUGCAGAAGAGCGAAGCCGAUACUCUGUCAAACAGUCCACACGAAAACUUCUCACGAAGUCUUUUUCAUCACACUACAAAUUUUCCAAACCAGUUCCAGAGAGUCAGUCGGUUUCCUCAGUGCAGCAGCCCAGGUGCUUGCUGGAAGUUAAAUCCUACGUGGAGAGCGAGCCUGUGAUGGCCAAGUCGUCUCCUCCGUGCUCGGCUGAGACGACGGAGUGCAUGGGCAGCUCCCUGCAGUCCCCGCUGCUCUCGGCUGACCUCACGGCUGCCCAGACCCCCUCGGACUUCAUCGCUCUCACCGAGGACUCUGUUUCAGAGGCUGAUGCCCUGCCCAGCACUGGGCUUGGGGCACUGCUCACAGAGGAUUUUGGCCACGAUGUCUCUACCUCUCAGGUCUUCUUUAAUCCUGCUGCUGCUCCUGAGGGGGAGAGAGAUACUGUGCAAAGUGCUGGCCAUUCUGCUGGUGUAUCUCCUGUGAGUCAUGCAAGCUCGUGCAGCGUGGAGUCCAGUACCUUAUUCAAAACCUCAGUUGCUGAUCAAACAAAAGUACUCUUGCAAGCCAAUGGACUACAUAUUAACGAUGCCAGGCACAUAGAAAAAAUUAACUCAGAAAAUUUAGAAACCUUGAUGUUACAGCAUAGUGAAGAACCAGUGACUCUCUCUCCAAAGGCACGGGGGUUGAGUGGAAGCAGAGAUGAAAGCACUCCAUCCAAGCACAUGAGAAACACAAUUCCUGUAGUGGAGUCUAACACUGUUCUGUGUUCAGAACCUCAGUCCUUUAAAAUACAACAGGGGUAUGAAUCAAACCAUUCUAAAGUUGAUCUUGCCAACAGCCUCAGUCCAUACCGGGAAGGCAGAUUUGUUGAGAAACGCCUGAGGUCCUCUUCAGAAGGCACCGCUGGGGGCAGCCGGCUGAUCAUAAAACCAAAGGAUGGAAAUGCAGAAGAACUUAACAGUCUAAGGAAGCAGAGAGCAAGCUCGUCCUCUUCCAAAAUGAACAGCAUGGAUGUUUUGAAUAACUUGGGUUCCUGUGAGUUGGAUGAAGAUGACCUAAUGCUUGACUUGGAGUUCCUGGAAGAGCAACAUCACCAGCGUUCUGUGUGCCGGGAGGACUCUUACCAGUCAAUAGUGUCAUGUGCUGCUGUAGUACUCACCCCUGUAGAGACCACAGUGGAUGCAAGGAAAAAAGAACAGAUGAUAAUGCCUGAUGUGUCCAAACAGAAUCUGUCCUUGAAGCUGUCGAAGGAGGUGGAGCAAGGAGAAGCCAGGUACCCCCGUGUCAGCCAGCUGGCUGGCAGCCCAUCUGUGGAGUGGCCUUUCACUGGUCUGGAAGAAGGUGGAGGCAUUGAGUCUCUGCCCUUCAGAUUGAUGCUCCAGGACUGCACGGCUGUCAAGACAUUGCUUCUGAAAAUGAAGAGGGUUCUUCAAGAGAGUACGGACAUGAGCCCAGCUGGCAGCACAGCCUCCCUCCCUGUCAGCCCCCUUCCUGAGGAGCCGUUGUUUUUCAAGGAUGGAAUAAAAGAUGAAUGCUCAGUGCUGAAGCUGCAGCUGAAGGAGAGAGACGAACUCAUAGCCCAGCUUCGUGAGGAGCUGAUCAGAAUAGCAAUCUUACAACAAGAGGAGAAGGCUCAGUGCUUUCAGAAGGCUUUCACUUCCCAAGCAGAUAAAUCCACACAGACAGAACUCAUAGGCCAUGAUACUACAUAUCCAAUCAGAAUGGUGAGCCAAAAUCUCAGCACAAGGGACAGAAAGUCAGCACUUACUCCCACCGAGGACCCUUUUAGACACCCACCGGGCAGCCAAGCAGCAGCGUACGAAAGCAAGAGCUGUCAGCUGUCUGGUUUGUGUCUGAGCAGCCUCCUGAAGGAGAAGGAGAUCGUGGAAGCCAUCAAGCACACCCGAGGCACGUGCGAGACCCUGGCCCCAGAGGCCACCCAGAACGGUUUGGCUGUCACGGCGCCCAGCCCAGCCCAGCCAGCAUCCAAGGCUGACGGCUUCCCCACGUUCUCAGGAGCUCCCAAGGACCAAAGUGCUGUGCCUCGGCAGCACAGCACCUUCACAGGGAGACUGGGACAGCCCCCGAGGGGACCCAUCUCCUUACACAUGUACAGCAGAAAGAACGUUUUCCUCCACCACAAUUUACACACGGCAGAGCUACAGACUUUAGGUCAACAAGAUGGCUAACAAGGAGCUUUAUUUUCUUGCCGUGGAAGGAGAGUUGAUUAAAGAGGGAUGUAAGCUCACCUAGAGUUCUGUCUUCAGUUCUCAUCUGCUGCUACUUUCAUGUGAAAAAAAAAAAAAAUUAACUUUGUCUGUAGGUUCCAUAUUUUCCCACCUUGGACUGAGGCAAAAGGAUGAACAAGAUUGUUAAAUAACUCGGCUGAUUUGUCAUGCAGAAGUCACCAUGAGUUUAAUAAAUGGGACUGCUAGUCCAAUAUUGGCUAAACAUAUUUUACCCCUCUAUAAGUCACUAUGAUUUCCUGAAGUUCCAGAAGAUGAUCUUAUAUAAAAUCUGUAUGUUUUAUUACUGUUAAAGUAGAUGUGAGGAAUAAAUAGAUAAGUAAUUAGUAAACCCUCUUGAAUUUCAUAGAGAUUAGGGAAAUAAGGAGUCAGAAAUCUUUAAGGACCCUCUUUUUACACAUUUUUUUUAGUACAGUGAAAUUUGGUAACUUAGGGAGUGUUACCACUUCCUGCUGUAUGUUUCAUGAGUGCCUCAUGCUACAAGUGGAGGAAGUUAUUGAUUUUCCUCUAACAGGUUCAUAGAAAGUUGCCAGGUAUUUGAGGCAGUAAAUUGGGUCCCAGGCUGAGGAUGUCAGCUUGUUUCCUCCACCUUCCCUUCCCUCUCCACACUUCUAUUUAACUAGAUUUCUCUGAGUGUUUCUGUUCCAUGAGGGCAUGUCAAGUUGUGGUGAUCUCUGUGCUUUACAGGCACUGUGGCACUCAUGAUGCGAUGUGACAUUCUGCUGCGUAAUUCAUCCUAUAAUUUCAUUCCACUUCCCAAACCAAAAAUGUGUGAAAGCCUAAAGUAAGAGAAAUCAUGUUAUUACCCAGGCUGAACAGCCUGCAUCAGUCAUCAUUUCUGUGGGCUGUAUCACCUGCCCUUCAGGACCUGUUGGUUUACACCAGCUCAGUGGGUUUGUUAGUCCUGACAUGUAACAGACAAGUGAGAUUAAUUUAUUGCCUGGUCUCUGGGAGUAUGAAACCAUCUGACCAUGCCACAGAACCUGGAGACCUGUCGGUUCCAAGAGAUCUGGUUUUCCCCACUCAGAGGCCUGGGAACCUCUCAGUCAGUUACUCCAAACACGUGGCACGUGUGAAACAUGACACUUGGUUUACAACCUCUCUGAUGCAGGGUAAUCUGUUUGAGUUGCAUUGGCACGUGCAGUUAGUAGUUUAAAAAUAAUUUGGCACAUUUAAGUAUGAUUGAGGCAGAUCUGAGACUAGUCACUUCUGUCUUUAACCAGUGAUUAAUAAGGAAAGACAAGGGUGCAGCACAUUCUACAGAAACAAGCCAUUGUGACUUAACAGAUAGCAUAUAAUGAAAAAGAAAGCUUCUGUAGCCACUAAAAAUCUGCAACUUUUAAAAGUUAAGUCACACAGAGUAUAUGAAAUAAAGAUAAAAUUUUACCUAGUAUUAAAUAUGUCUGCUUCACUACUUAAUAUUUGGAUUAUUACAAGGAAAUUGCAUUACAAAUCUUGCUUAAACUAAGAAAAAAAAAAAUAGACUUGCUUAAACUAAGAAAAAAAAUAGACUAAAAAAAAAGUGUCUUGGUAGAUAUUCUGAAAAGUAACUUCAGCAGCCUGAAAUUUCAGGCUUCAGUUUAUUGAGGAUUUUAUUUUUAUUAGAGCAGAAUUUAUUACAUUAUCUGAUAUUGAAGAGAGCAGGUUUUGUCUGAUUAUUCUGUAGUGAUAAUUUUGGGUAUCCAGAGAUGGAUAUGAAAGAACCAAGACAAACAUUUGCCAAAUUUCUUUGUGUUCAUGUGUGCACUGCUACUGCCAAAACAGAAUGUGCAAAAAUUGCAAACACAGCUUUACUGAAUUAACUGUGGGUAUUCAAGACUCCCAGUCCUGCAUUGAAACUCAUAAUUUAAAGCCUACCAAACAAAUUUAAAAUAGUAAUAAGAUAAUUUCGCUACUCAGAAUCACUUCUUCUUCUUAGCAAUAUCUUAAAGUCAGGGUAGAUUGGAAAGACAAUUAAUUCUUGCUAUCAAUUCAUUUCAGUAUUGCUCAUCUCAAGAGCUCAUGUAUGCAAUUCAAUUUCAGAUCUGUAAAUAAAUUAAACAGGCACUGUAAUCAAGGGAUUUUUUUCCAGGAUACAAAUGUACUGUACUACAUUUAAGAAAUGCAAAACAAAACAAACCAAUACCCUCCUCAGUUUUAGGUUAUGUACUGUAUCUAUAGUUGUUUUUUUUCCUGGGAAAAUGGACUUUUGGAUUACACUUUAUUAAAAAAAAAAUCCAUCUAUAAACUUCAAAAAUAGCAUUUCAAAUGCUACUAUUUUCUUGGAGAAUCUUUUAUAGAGCUGAAACUUAGAAAAACUGGAAAAAACAGUUCAAUAAAUAUGAGGGAUAUUUUUAAAAUGUCAUCUUGAAGCUGUUUUGUAUCAGUAUUUUCAGCAAGAUUAUGUUAUUUGUAAUACUAAGUGUAAAUCUCACCCAGAGAAGAGUAUUAGCCACAUGUUAAUGUACAGUACAGCAGUAACUGUAAAAGAGGUCCUUUCUUUGGUCCUCUCAUGUAUAUAGGAAAUCAUAAAGCAACAGCAUGUGGACAAUCUUGCAGUGAAUUGAUUCCUUUGUACUAAAAAUCUCUAGUUUUUUAAGAGUUCCAUGUACAAAAUGAUUUAUACAUUUCUCCAAGGCUGUACAUAUCCAAAGACAUGACACCGGGGGAAAAGGCAUUUAUUAUUUUUUUCCAUGGAUGUACCUUUCUUCCCUUCUUUUUUUUUUUUUUCUUUCCCUCUUUCUGUACAACAAAGCAUAACUGCAAAGUUUCUGCUUGAAAUUACUUGUUAGUUCCAUGUCUUUCAGUGUGAUAGAGGGCAUUUUAAGGAGGAGGAAAUCCCCGAAGAAAAACUGUUUCCACUUGAAGCAGUGUCCGUCCCACUUUUUUAGAGCAAUCACUUGGCAAAAGAAACCUUAGAUCUGUGCCCUAAAUAUUUUUUUAAUAGUUUACCAGAGCCACACUUGAAAUGUGCUUAUCAUCAUCUCCAGCCUUACCCUGACUAGGACACGUUCAUAAGACACUGUAUCAUGCUAGGGCCAGCCCUGGUGAUAAAUUCUUGAGAUGGAAGGAAAGCAUUUGUCCAAUUGUGUUUUUAAGUUUGCAUUUCAGAGCAGUGGAAAGGGUUUUUUGUAUAACUUGUGCAUGUAGAUGAAGCUCAAGCUGUGUGCUUGUGCAUGCUGGAAAAAGAAACCUUGCUACAAAGCUCUCCUCUAUUUUGGCUAUUUAGUAGCAUAUGAAAGUAUCCAGCAACAGAAAUUUCUGCCACCUUUCCAGGCCUGCCAGCCCUCUCUCUGUAAAAUGAACAGCCAGAAUAGAUGCCUUUACUUCAUUCCAGACUCUUACUAAUUUUUAUUUCACACACCUCCUCAUAAAUGUUAGAAGGGCUUUCCUUAUGUGGCUUUUUUCCUGACAAUUGUGAAAGGGUGUUUAUCCAGACUAAGAUGCUCAAAUGAUGGUUAGAUAAGCAUUUGAAAGCUUACCAAAAUAUUCAUAUUUGUCCUACAGGUUCAUUCCAGUCAUUACAGGUUCAUUACCAAUAAAAAUUGGUGGUUUUCCCUUCCCAAAAAGCCAGUUUGGAAGUAAUGAUUUCUGUCUGUGCUGAUUCACUUUCUACUGUUAAAUACACAGUACACUUUUCAGACUAAUAAAAAUAAGGUGUUUACAAAUCAGUAGUGUGCUUUACAAGCCCUAAGAGUUGUGCCAUGUCUCCACUGGUUUGAUUGGUAUGACACUGACUUUAAUUAGGUUCUACCAAGUUAAGUCACCUGAUGAUUGGGAUUGUGGCCUUUAAUACAGCUAGUCUUAGUUUAUGCACAGGUGUUCUCUAAAUCUGGAAAUCUUUCCUGGGUCAAAAAGAGGCAAGAAAAUACUUAACCUAACAAAAACAUCAGAUCGCGUUCUAUGGCGAAUGCCCUUUUUUUUCCCCUUCACAUUCAAAAGCAAAAAAGCCCUGCAAACCCCUUUGUACACAGUUCUCAAGUGAACUAGAGUAACAUCUAACAAAAUUCAAAAUCUUGAAAUAAAGUCCUGGAGAAAAAAAUACAGGGGAGUCUUCUCACAGAUGUUUGUAAAGUGGCUAAGUUUGUCAAGAUGUUGGGAACUUCUGUCUCUGAGUGCAGUAAUGAAAUAUGCUCUAUGGCCUCUACCACUCUCACUCAGAUGAAUUUUUUUCAGGGGGAGAAUUUGCUGUUUGAAGCUUGCUCUAGACAUAGCAGGCACUACAGUGUGAGAAAGUACAUUGAAAGUAUCCAUGGAGGUCUUCUCCCACCUGGGAGUUACACACAGCAUCCUUUCCAGGAUCGAUCCUAGUGCUCCUCAGCCAGCAAGAAGUUGACAUAGAUUCCUCAGGAGAACAGCCUCAAAUCAUGCAGACCAUGGCUGUCUUUAAGUGGACUUUACUUUAAAAUAUCCCAUAUAAGGCACUUCUAAAAUAAUAUGGAAAUUUCAGCAACUGCAGAACACACCUUGCUGUUGCUUGUUGUUGGGUUUGUUUUUUUUUUGAGAUAAAAAGGCCAUGUUCUGGUUUUAACCUUGUAAACUCUGUUUGGAACUUGCUUGCUCACUGGUGAUCUGCCCAGGAUGUGAGAGUUUAUCCCCUGUAACAGAUAUGAUCCUAACUCCUCACAGUAUAAAGACAUUGGAUAUCCUCCCUGAGGAGCUUGAGAUUUGCAGUGUAUUUUCAGUUUAGGACAACUAACUGGAUUUAAUUAUCUUCUUCUUCAAGCAUCUUCAAUUGUUGCAAAGUCAGUAAAAAAGAAACUUAUUUAUUGAAGUAUUUUGGAAAGAUUUUGUGGUAAUUUUUAUUUUAAAAUACACUUAAAAAUUAUCUCUCUGUAUCUAAAGACAAGAAAAUAAAAAAGGAAAAGGAAAAAACUUUUAUCAGCACACGUUUCCCACAAAUUGGUGAUUCUCACUAGCCACAGCUGUCAUUUGCAUUCUGUACAGCUGUGAAAUAUUUUUGGAUUUGUUGGUUUUGUUGCCUUCAUUACCUGGAAAUCAUUAGUUCUGGAGAUUUUUUGCCAUCAAUCCAGUACUUGAAACACACAAGGAGGGCUGUUGAGGAUUUCUGCAGAAGUAAUCCUGCUACUCUGAAAGCAGUGCAACUGGAAGCCUCUGUGUGUUUCCUGGGGAUGGAAAACCUAUUCUGAGUGAUCUUAACUAUGAAGGAUUUGUGAGAAUCUGAUGGAGAUGGCAAAUAUCAGAACUGUUUGGUUUUUGCAUCCACACAGAGGCUGUAGAACAGAAAAUACUCCACUGCAAAGAUUUUUCUAGUGGGCAAAUACUGUCUCCUUGUAUUCUGUAUCAUGACCCUUUCUGUCUCUCUGGAUUUCAGGAACAUUUCCCUUAGGUACGGAGUUGUGAUGACUCUGUAAGACAGGAUGCACCACAGUGUUGUUCCUGCUGUGAGAAGGCUCCACUGGAUUUUUUUUUUUUUAAUUUAAAAUAUCUCAUCAUUAAAAUAUUUUAACAUCUUCUCCUAGAACUGCUAUGCUGCUGGGGUAGUAGAAAGCAGUGCAUCCACAAAAAGUGUCCCUUUCCUAUCUGCGUCGGCUGCUGGUGAGCUGAGGUCACAGCUGAUUUACAUCUACUCAAAAACUGUCAGACUUUGACUUAGGCACCUACCAAUAGGUUUGACCCUGCUUUUUGCCACAUUGAAAAAGCCCUAAUAAUGUAGUUUUAAAAUGCAUAAGGGUAUCAACAGCAGUAGUAGAAUUUUAAUUUAAUUUGAAUUUUCCAUUUUUCGUCAAUGCACUUUAUAGAAUGGUUUAUAGAAUGGUUUCAUAUGAAUUACACAGGGACUUUUGUUCUUUUCUAACCUAAACUUGAUUUCAACAGGGUUCAGAAUUCUCUACUCAAAUUUAAGCAGUCCCAUAAAACAGUCAGAUCCCUCUUCUUUAGAAAGCUAACACACAAACAUUUUUUUCUGACAUAAAUGAUGUCAUUCAUGUUUAUUGUUUGAAAGGUAUGAUGUAUAAAAAUUAUUUUUACUUAUAUCUAAAUAUACCUACUUUUCAAACACACCACAAAAGUAGAAAAGUCAAGAAACAGCCUUCGUACUAAAGUUGCUUGUCGAGCUAUCCCGUUAGGCUUUGUUUGCCAAAUCAUUAAUUUCUUUUUAAAGAAAAUCUAUUUGUUUUCCAUGGUUAAGAGGGUGAAAUACAAAAAUGAAAUGUUUUAGUAGGUGCUCUGCAGAAUGUGUGGAGAGAUGAUCAGCGUCACCAGGAGAAUAUAAGCAAUCAAAGUCCUUAAUCAGUGAUUCAUCUGAUAUGUUUUAAGCAAGAGGAUCAACAGGAUAUAAAAAAUCUGUGUAGGAGGAGAACAGAUGUUUUGUUGCUCAGAAAAGUCUAAUGGAAGGGUGAAGGCUGACAGAUUAAUAGCUCUUUUUCUGUUCCAGGGCUGGUGGUGCAGAGCCAUUUGCUGUGAAAUAACACUGAGGCAAUAUAUUUAUGAAGUAAAUCUAUUGGAAUAACAAGAAAUGAGAUAAAAUGGUUGUGUAACAUUCCACGGUGGGGUAAAGGGUACUUCCAUAAUUUGAUCAAAGAGCAUCUGAGUGAAUUUACAUCCUUUUAUUACCAGGAUAUUAUCUUUAUCUGAAGGAUAAGUGUAAGUGGAACAGCGCAAUUUGCAUUGUAACAGAAACAAUUCAGACAAAAAGAAUACAUGAAAAUAUUCUGUCUCUAAAGCCUUGCACUUUUUACAGUCUUCUCUAACUAUCUGCAGCAGUUUUAUGUAAUUUUAUUUCAUGCAUCUGUGGUAAUGCUCUUAUGUUGGGCAACAAGGAGAAAACACUGAAGAGAGUCAUGACCCUGACCCUACAUCAAGAACUGCACUUGGUUAACAGGGUCACAGUUUUGGUUUUCCUUUCCAAUAAAGGAACAGGGAUCUUGUGAGAAAACCUUUGUUCAAACAUCCCCACAAACAGCUUAGCCUAUCUGAAUUUUAAACUGGUUAGGGGAAAAUGAAAAUUUUAAUUUAAAAAAUUGAUUAAAAUUCUGAGUAUUUUUGAGAAUAUGUUCUUUAGUACUGCUGAGGGCAAUUAGAGAGCUUUUGGCACUUUUCUAUAAACAAAAGUCUUCUGUUUAUGUAUCAGAACUGGACAUUUUAUCUGAUCAUUUCUUCAUUGUGAACUUGUCUGUAUCCUGCCGUCCAGGAUGAUAUUUUUUAAAACUACUGACCACUAUAAAAAUUUAAUAACUAGGAAGACAUUGGAUUUUCUAUUCUGUACUGCUGAACACACAUUUAAUUUUAAUAACAGUACAUGGCAAGGCUAUUUGUUAUAUACUAUUGAAAUUAAUUUUUAAAUAUAAUUGGCAUUAGAGAUUACUUGAAUUAGAGACUUUAAAAGAACAACACAGAUGAGAAAAAGGGGAAAGUAUUACUUGAAGUUAAGGUAUAUGUAGUGCACUGUUGAAGAGUGUUAAACAGUAAAGUUGUGUAGGAGACAAGGUAAAACUUUUUCAGUGAACACACUCCAGUCAGUCCAGGAUCACUUGGCUGAUUUAGAUGGUAACAUAAAUUUAAAAGGAAAUAAAUGGGAAUAUUUUUGCUAAGAGAUAACACACUUAAAAAUCAGCUUGGAGCAGAAUUUGCAAUAGUGAAGGUAUUUGCCUCAAGGUAUGGUCUGAAAAGAAAGCUGUGAAAUGUAUCUAAAUUCUGAUUAAAGAAGUUCAUUAGUGAUUUUAAUGGUUUUACUCUAUAAAGCCACAGAUUGGUUAAACUCAUUCUUAUUUAACAGGCAAAUACUUUGUACUAUUUAAGAAUUGCCAAGGCAUAACCCUGACCUUUGACUUUAGUACCACACAUCAUUUGAUUUUUUUUUAUUUUUGGCUCUUUUUAAAAUUGUUUUGAAGUUUUGUAACUCCUGUGCAAUAAGAAUCUGAGUGUUUCAAAUUCAGUCAUUUUGCACUGACUGAAAACAGAUAUGUAGCCUUUAGGUGAGACCACUGUUGUGUCUGAAGAAUAUCAAGCAGCAUUCUGUUGAUUUUUUUAAAAUCAGAUUAUUGGAUAAAUAAUUUUUGUGGAUUACUCUGGAGAGUUAUGGCAGUUUGUAAAACAGUUCUGUGGGAUUCUCUUGGUAUUAUUUAAUGGUCAUUUGUUUUAUUCCUGGUUUUAUUUGACAUUAUUUUUCCUUCUAUGUUUUAUGAAAAGAAAUGUUAUUUUUGAAUAUUUAUACAGACUUUUAACUUUAAACCUUAUUGUAGAGGUUCAUGCUCAUAUAUUUCCAUGUUUGAAAUUAACAUAAAGGGCUCUUACAGGUUUUUUUCUUUUCAUGCUGCUGAAAUUUUAUUUGUUAAUAAAAAU